GGCGUUCCAGGAGUUGGAAAGGAGCAGGCUUUAAAGUUAAUUGGUACUUUGCAAGGUCAAAACCUAUUGCAAAGGUUUGAACAAUGGAAGGAACAAUUCCGGUAUGAUAAUAAUCCACCUUUGGUUGUUAAAAGAGUAAUUCACUGUUCUGAGUGCCAUCAUCCAGGAUCUUACAAGGACCAUGAGCACAGUGGAUGUAAAUUCUGUGAAAGCACUAGAUACUGCAAACCAAAUGACUCCAAAUACUGCUGCCCUUGUGAAUGGCACCAGUUAGAGCGAGUGAAACAAGCAAGUGCAGUGGAGGACAAUAUCAGAAAAAAAGCUAACAGUUGUGAGGGCUUUCCAUUCUCUGAGGUUAUCCAAGAAUUUCUUGUAAACAAGAAUAAAUUGAUCAAGAUAAAGGAAUGCCAAAGGCCAAAUUUAUUGUCCUUUCAGAUAUUUGCUUCUGAGAAGAUGGAAUGGCCCAAACAUUAUGCUUGUAAGAAACUUUUAACGCUAUUGACACAUUAUGAUAUGAUCCAGAGAAAAUCUGGAUACACUGAUUCGAAACAGUUGCAGGCAAUAAGGAUAGUCAAGACACGUGUUAAAAAUGGAAUUCCUUGUUUUGAAAUUGAGUGGCAAAAACCAGAACAUUAUGUUAAUGCAGAAGAUGAGCCUGAGGAGUUGUUUGUAGUCACAGUAGAAGAGGAGUCCUUGUUUCAGGCUGCUUAUCCUGAUGUAGUUGCCCUUUAUCAAAUGGAAAAGUCUGAAGUUCUGAAGAAGAAACAGAAAAACAAGAAAGACAGACCAAAAGAAAACAAAUUACCAAAUGUUUGUGAUGAAGUUAGUGAUCUUUUGUCUCAAAUGAAUUUAAAAUCUAGAUGUGGAAUUCUUCCUGUGCAAGAUUCCACGUCAGGUAUAAAAACUCUCCCAAAAGGUGAGAUACACCAGAGAAGUACUGAAUCAAAAGGUGUAGUGUUAGCUGCAGCUUCCAGCCUGACAGCUGUUCAAAGGCCAACAUCAGCAGCUGCUCCUCCUCAGCCUGCAUUGCCUUACUUGCUCUUACAGAAUACGUUGCCUGACUCUAUAUUGCCACCACAAUUUACUAAAAAUUCAGGGAUAUCAUCUUCUUCCUCUGUAACAGCUGGGCUACAACUGGACAAUAUUGAUUGGGAAGAAACCUUCAGUGCUUCACCAGCCUGUGUGGGUGAUACCCAUGGUCCAGCAGCUGACUUAACUACAUACAUAGGACGCUCACAUCUACUAGAUCUUGAAACAGUAAGAAAUAGCUCAGAGUAUUCUGAUGCUGCGCAGCCUGAUCAUCACCAUUCUGAUAGUGCGGAUGAUUUGGUUUCAGAUGAUUCUAUGGGACAACUUCAGAAGUGGUCUUUAAGUGAGCAAAUACUGAAGAAGACUUCCAUUCCAUCAAAGCCUUUGUUGUCUGAAGAUGUAAUGCAGCUGGAGUCUUUUAAAUGUUUUAAACAAACAAAAGGAACACUGAAUCCUGAUUAUGUCUCUUCCUUGUGUCAGUCAAAUAAACGAGUGCAGGAGAGUAAAAAUGUACUAUCAGAAAACUGUGCAAGGGAAUGCAGCAUAGACAUUUAUCAAGAUGAGUGCAAAAAAGCUGACAGCCUGGCUGAAAUGAUGCCAAAAGACCAUAAUAUAAGCAGUUCAACAUCUCUAGCCCUCAGUGGGGAAACAACAGAGACACUGCAUUCUGGGUGUGAAGUGCUUCCAGUCUCUCAGAAGCCAUCAGAUGUUGUAAAUGGCUGUCACAUUAAAAAAGCUUGUACACAAACUUUUAAAAAGAGUGUGUGUCAGAACAGAUGUUCUUCUAGUGAAGACAGUGAUGAUGGGAACAUGAAUAAAAAUCAGAUUUAUGAGCAGCAGAAAAGGCAACUGAACCCUGGUCAGUAUAAAAAAUGUUUUACAAAGAAAAGGAGUAACACUGUUACUAGCAAAAGAACAAACAGUGACUCUGCCCUUAUAAUUAAAGGGCAGAAGAAAAAGACCGAUGUAAAAAGAGCUGGUAAUGGUUUCUCAUUGCAAGUGUCUCCAGAACCAUCCUCUCUAGGGCAAGUUAAUUGUUCCCAAAGUCCAGAGCAACUGUUUGAGAGGUCAGGUUCUGAUCCCACGCGGCAAGCCAGAAGUGCUGUUCUGACUUACGCAUGGGCAGACAGUCCCCUUCCCUUAUCUGAAAGACUAAAAGGAAGAAUCAAAAUCAAUUGA